AUGGGUAGUUCGCCGCAGGAUAGGGUGUCGGCCAGCGUGGACGAUCAUUUUAGUAAGCUGAACCUUGGAGUGGAUGGAACUUUGAAGGGCGCGGGUGAAGUAAAUAGCAGCAGCCACGGUUCGCCGCAGGCGAGUGCGACUCCUAAGCGAUCUGGUUCCACGUCUUCUUCAGCUCACUACAACAAUAUAAAUGCCAAUUUGCAUGCCCGUGUCAAGGCGUUUCAGGAGCAGCGGGCUUUGAAACGCUCCGCCAGUGUGGGGAGCGGUAAGAAUGAGGUCAAUCCCAAGACGGGGAAGAGCAUGCAGCAGAUAGUUAACAAACCUCUGCCACCUCUGCCACCUUCCGAGGAUGAUCUGAUAGAUACCUCUCCGGUUCAUAAAUCGUCUUCCAUUGGAGGUGCCAAAUCAGCGCAUGCGGCGGGGUCACUUGCAGGUUCAGGUACAGGUUCAGGUACAGAUACAGAUGCUGAUGUAGACACACAUGCAGGCAAAAGUUCAGGCGGUAGCGCUGCUUCGGAUCAAGCCCUUUCAAACCUCUCGUUGCCCGCGGCUUCAAUACCUUCGCAGAGAAAAUCGCCCGUAACGCCAUCUAGUAUGUCGCAGUUCAAUCCGAACAGAAGGGCUCCAAGAAGACCCCCAAUUAUCAAAACGACGAGUCAAUCACCAACCCCACAACAGGGGGUCAGUCAGCCAACUCAAAGUCUUAGUGCACGUCGGGGCCUCAAAUUACCACCUGGUGGUAUGUCACUAAAAUUGCCAGCAAAGGGUCAGCCAUCUCAGGUUCAACAGAUGCAGCAAGUUCAACAAUCGCACGCUCAAGAGUUUGCUGCAGCUCCAUCAAACAGUACACAUAUCAAUGUAGCUGCAAAUAUUCCAACUUCUGUGGCUGGCAGGAGAUCAAAUCCAGGAUCUCUGGUUAAUGGCAUACAAAGUACUUCUACGUCAUCAAGUAACGAGGAACAACGUGAUACGGAGGGAACAACACCAAGAAAUUCACAUUGUAAUAACAAUAAUAGUAUAAAUUCUGGAAGUGGUGGUGGUGGAUUAUUCGCGAACUUUUCUAAAUAUGUUGAUAUUAAAUCAGGUUCAUUAAAUUUUGCUGGCAAAUUAUCGCUUUCUUCAGAAGGCAUCGAUUUUAGUAACGGCUAUAGUUCAAGGAUAACACUAGAUGAGUUAGAGUUUCAGGAAGAAUUAGGUCAUGGUAAUUAUGGUAAUGUUUCAAAAGUUCUACAUAAGCCAACAAAUGUAAUAAUGGCAAUGAAAGAAGUGAGAUUGGAGUUGGACGAAGCAAAAUUUAGACAGAUCUUAAUGGAAUUGGAAGUACUUCAUAAGUGUCAGUCACCAUAUAUUGUUGAUUUUUACGGAGCCUUUUUCAUUGAAGGUGCUGUUUAUAUGUGUAUGGAAUUCAUGGAUGGCGGAUCCUUGGAUAAAAUUUAUGAUAUAUCCCCAGAGAUUGGUGGUAUUGACGAACCACAAUUGGCAUAUAUCACGCAUUCUGUAAUGGAAGGCUUGAAAGAACUGAAAGAUGUUCAUAACAUCAUUCACAGAGACGUUAAGCCAACUAAUAUAUUAUGUUCAGCAAAACAUGGUACGAUAAAGCUUUGUGAUUUCGGUGUUUCUGGUAAUUUAGUUGCAUCACUCGCAAAAACCAAUAUUGGUUGUCAAUCAUAUAUGGCACCUGAACGUAUUAGAUCCUUAAAUCCGGAUCGAGCAACUUAUACAGUUCAGUCAGAUAUUUGGUCAUUGGGUUUAAGUAUACUUGAAAUGGCGUUAGGCAGCUAUCCAUAUCCUCCAGAAACUUUUGAUAAUAUAUUUUCACAGUUAAGUGCUAUCGUGGAUGGCCCACCACCAAAACUACCUCGCGGUAAAUUUAGCACUGAGGCCCAGGAUUUUGUAUCAGCCUGUUUACAGAAAAUCCCUGAAAGAAGACGCACAUAUGCUGCAUUGCUAGAACACCCUUGGCUAGUGAAAUACAGGGAUGUUGAUGUUGGGAUGAGCGAUUACAUUACUAAAAGGCUAGUAAAAAGGUCAUCACUCCUCAAGGAAAGAGGUGAAAAUGGGUUACCUAAACAUGUGCCCGCUUUGCAUAUGGGUGGGUUGUAA